AUGGCGUCCCAGGCCAUCGAAAUCCAUCGUGCCGGGGCAGUGGUCGUCACUGGAGACGCCGCAUGCCGGAAGAAAUCCGUUGAGCUGCUGGAGGAGCUGGGCCUCCCCAGGGGCCUGCUUCCUAUGGAGGACAUCCAGGAGUUCGGUUACAACCGUGAGACGGGGUUCAUGUGGCUGCUGCAGGGAAAGAAGAAGGUUGAGCACACCUUCAAGAAAAUCAAGCAGACGGUGUCAUAUGCCGCCGAGGUCACGGCGUUCGUCGAGAACGGCAAGCUGAGCAAGAUCACUGGCGUCAAGACCAAGGAGCUGAUGCUCUGGCUCAGCGUCGUCGAGGUGUAUGUCCCAGAGGCCUCGCCGGAGAAGGUCACCUUCAAGACUGGCACCGGCCUCUCCGACAGCUUCGACGCCGCUGCCUUUGCUCUUGGGGGGAAUAAGGGGUCACCAGAUGAGACGCAAAAUGGUGGGCAUGCGAAAACCUCAGUAUGCUUAGUGCUAAAAGAACAUACUGCAUGA